GUCAUGUGGGGUCGACCGAGUUGCAGAUGCCGGUCUCCCUUGCAGAGCGCGAUAGGGACGACGAGACCGCAGAGAAGUGCCAGUCCAAGAUCGACACCCUCAUUGCGAAGUCCAAGCCAGGCGUACUCGAGCAGGAGAUAUUCCUACGCGACCUGUUCGACAAGUCCACGGCCAUCAUCGAGCAGGACCGCCCCCUGGUCGCCAAGUUGCACAGCGAGGCUGCUCCGUCCGAGCAGCCCGCCCAAGCUGCUGCGACAUUUGGCCUUGCGCUGUCUCUGCGGGGCCUCGCGGCGGGAAAGGUCGCGGACGUCAUCGUCGAUGACGGGGGCCUCUUCAGCGAUCUCCCAGGCGACGCCGCGCUGGAGCAGGCGGACUUCGAGGAGGUCGAGAGGCGCCGCGUUCAGUUCAAGGAGCACAUCGCCAACGCGGCCGAACAGUUGUUCAAAA